AUGUCGUUAACAGAUGAUCAAGUGAACGCCGAACUUCGUAAGAUGAAAGCCUUCAUCGAAAAGGAGGCACAAGAGAAGGCGAAAGAAAUAAGACUAAAGGCAGAUGAAGAGUAUGAGAUUGAAAAAGCAUCCUUAGUUAGGUCCGAGACCGCUGCAAUCGAUUCAGCGUACGAACAAAAAUUAAAGAAAGCCUCCUUAGCCCAGCAGAUUACUAAGUCUACAAUUGGAAAUAAGACAAGAUUGAGAAUCUUAGCUACCAAAGAGGAAGUCUUGGAUGAAAUAUUCGAUGAAGCUGAAAAGGACUUGAAAAAUAUUGCUAAGGACAAAUCCCAAUACCAGCCCAUUUUAGAGGGCUUGAUUGAGGAAGGGUUGUUGGCAUUGUUGGAAGAGAAAGUAACUGUGAGGGUAAAGAAAUCUGAUGUUGAUAUUACUAAGGAGGCUUCCGCCACUGCAGCGAAAUAUUUUGAAGAGAAAACGAAGUUCUCCGUUGAAGUUACAGUUGAUGAAACUAAUUUCCUUGAUGAAAACAUCGCUGGUGGAGUAGUUGUCGCUAAUGACACUGGUAAGAUUGAGGUCGAUAAUACUUUAGAAGAGAGACUUAAAAUUUUAUCUGAAGAAGCAUUACCAGCCAUCAGGCUCGAGCUUUUUGGACCUUCUAAGACUAGAAAAUUUUUUAACUAG